AUGCGUGUCACUUCUCGGGGUUUCGCCGAUUCUGUCGAGAAAGACGUCAUCAUUAAUUCGAUAGACUCUUAUCAUAUCCGUCUUGCGGUUCAGAAUCCCCUAUCUUCGCCCUGCGACAUCUCCCUUCUGUUCAAGCCGAUCGAUCAGUCCGCUAACCUAGCCCAAGCAAAACAACAUGCGCGCAACGUUGCCCGAAAGCUCGGGGUCACUCAUGGCUUGAUAUUCUUAGCGGGCGAACCUACGGUCAACUGGCGUGACUCGGAUCAGUCGCGCCCAUUUCGACAACGGCGAUAUUUCUAUUACCUCAGCGGUGUGGAUGAGGCCGAUUGCUCCCUCACCUACGAUAUCAGCUUAGACCUCUUGACUUUAUACAUUCCCGAUUUCGAUCUUCACCAGGCCAUAUGGAUGGGCCCCACCCUCACACGAGAGGAAGCGCAAGAUCGAUACGAUGUAGAUCGUGUUCUAUAUAGUUCCUCGCUCAAGCCAGAGCUAGCGACUUGGCUCAGUGUUCGAGUGCAGAAUAGCUUGAUAUAUAUGGUUCAUCAAUCAGAUUCUCCCGAGGGGCUAUCAUUCGAGCUCCCUAUUGACUCAAAGCAGCUUAUUCCUGCCAUUGAUACAGCCCGGGGUGUCAAGGAUGAGUAUGAAAUCCGGAUGAUACGACAGGCCAACAAAAUCUCGGAUCUUGCCCAUCGGAAGAUUCUGCAGCAGAUCUCUAAGAUGUCGAAUGAAUCUGAGAUCGAAGGAUCGUUCUUGGACACCUGCAUCUCACAUGGGGCCCAUAAUCAAGCAUAUCAAAUAAUUGCAGCCGCCGGCUCGAAUGCAGCUGUCCUACACUACAGCCAAAAUAACCAGACUCUCCAUUCGAAGCCUCUUGUCUGUCUUGAUGCAGGCGCAGAGUGGAGUUGCUACGCGAGUGAUGUAACACGUACUUUCCCACUCACUGGUCAAUGGCCUGAUACUUACACUCGUGAUGUUUAUCGCAUUGUGGAGCGCAUGCAGGAACAGUGCAUUAAGUCUAUACGCAAGGGCACCCGUUUCCUUUCCCUGCAUAACUUGGCCCACGACAUCGCCAUUGAUGGCCUCAUGACUCUUGGUGUCCUCAGAGGCUCGCACUCUGAGAUUCGUGUGUCCGGCGCAUCUAAGGUUUUCUUCCCCCACGGCCUAGGCCACCAUGUUGGACUCGAAGUGCACGAUGUAUCCGGAAAAUCAAUCAUGGCAUAUUCUUCCAUCGAAGAUGCUCACUAUGAACCGGUGAUCAGUCCCGUCUGUCGAUCUCCAUGUACCCUUUCCGCUGCUCUGCUUGAAGAGGGCAUGGUGGUGACUGUUGAGCCAGGACUCUACUUCUCACCACUUGCUCUUGCCAAUGCACGCAAGCAGCCCUAUGCGAAAUAUAUCAAUUUCAACAUUGCUGCAAAAUAUGUCCCAAUGGGUGGCGUGCGCAUCGAGGAUGAUAUUCUCGUCACUGCCAAUGGUUAUGAGAAUCUUACCACUGCACCCAAGGGCGAGGCAAUGCUUGCGAUCAUUCGCGGGUCAGAAUAG